AUUGCAUAAAUCUAUAUAUUUAAGAACAAGCACAUCAAUUUAAUGCUCUACUCACCAAUAUAAAAGAAACCCCAGCACAGCUGCCACGUUGCGUUUGCCCAAAAAGGCUUAGCCAAGAAAAAAAUCGAACUCUCCGACGGCCCGAAGGUAUCACACACACAACACACACACACGCAAACACACGCACACACACACACAGGCAACACAUCAGUGCAAGCAAAAGCAAAAGAGGCAGAGAAGAUACAGGCGCAGAGAGUGAUUCUCCAUUUGUGUUGCAGCGAAGCUACUAGGAUCUAAGACGCCGUUGACGACUUCUGGCUUGUGCCCGGACCAGCAGCGGCGAUUGUGUGUUGCCUGUGCAGGUGAUAUAACCAAAACAAAAAAAAAAAACCGCGACAGCUUGCAGCGGACUAUGUCUGACUAUUUGCGCCAGCAGAAACCACAAGAGCACACAUAGCCAUGGCUGCGACGAGAAAAUUGCAAGGCGAAAUUGAUCGAUGUUUAAAAAAGGUUGGCGAGGGCGUGGAAACGUUUGAGGAUAUUUGGAAAAAGGUACACAAUGCAACAAACACUAACCAAAAGCAAAAGCACCUGCAGGAGAAAUAUGAGGCAGAUCUCAAAAAGGAAAUUAAGAAGCUGCAACGGUUACGAGAUCAAAUCAAAUCAUGGAUCGCAUCCGCCGAAAUCAAAGAUAAAAGCGCCCUGCUUGAGAAUCGGAGGCUCAUUGAAACGCAAAUGGAACGCUUUAAGGUGGUGGAACGGGAGACAAAAACAAAAGCUUAUUCCAAGGAGGGUUUGGGCGCCGCACAAAAAAUGGAUCCAGCGCAACGGAUCAAAGAUCAUGCGCGCAAUUGGUUAACCAAUUCAAUUAGUGCACUGCAAAUUCAAAUAGAUCAGUACGAAAGCGAAAUUGAAUCGCUGUUGGCGGGCAAAAAGAAACGUCUGGAUCGCGAUAAACAGGAACGCAUGGACGAUUUGCGUAGCAAACUGGAUCGUCAUAAAUUCCAUAUAACCAAAUUGGAAACGCUGCUCCGACUGCUCGAUAACGAUGGCGUCGAAGCGGAGCAAGUGAACAAAAUCAAGGACGAUGUCGAAUAUUAUAUUGAUUCAUCGCAAGAGCCGGACUUUGAGGAGAACGAGUUCAUCUAUGACGACAUUAUCGGGCUCGAUGAAGUCGAAUUGAGCGGCACGGCAACAACGGACAGCAACAAUAGCAACGAAACUAGCGGCUCCCCCAGCAGCGUCACAUCCGGCGGCAGUCCAUCCCAAUCGCCAGUUACAGUGCAACAGAUAUUGCCCAGCUCCUCCUCCUCGUCCAACACACAACAGCAGGCGGCGACGGCGGGCAGCAGCAGCGGCGCUGCCAGUGGCGGCACAAGCGCGGCCAGCGCAGCCCAAUUCCAGCAUUUGCAGGCAGUAGCGGCUGCAGCAGCAGCAGCCGCUGCCUCCGCUGCGGCACAGCAAUCGAAUGGCAAUAAUGUGGGCUAUGCGAGCGAUACCAGCGCAACUUCAUCCUCAGCGACAACGUCCACCGAGGCGACAACAGGUGGUGAGAAGCGCAACAAAAGCAGCGAAAGCAGUGCCAACAGCAGCAAAGCCAAGCAGCAACCUCAACAGCCGAUCAAGCCGACGCCAGUGCGUGCCACAGCGAAAGCGCCCGCGGGUAGUGAUACAGCGCAAGUCAAUAAGAUUAUCAGCUCAACGCCCAGCAAAAACCAGCAACAACUACCGACGGUCGCUUCCGUUUUGGCAUCGAGCGGGACACAGAACAACAACAACAGUAACAACAACAAUAACAGUAGCAGCAGCAGCAGUAGCAGCAGCAUUGUCGCUGCAAUUGGUCACAAUCCUGCCGUGCAACCACAUGCCCCAACGCCUGGCCUGAAUGCGGUUAGCGUUGCAGUCUCCGCCGGCACAGCAGCAACAGCAGCAGCGGCAGCAGCAGCAGCCGUCGCUUCGGCGAGCAACAACAGCAGCAACAACAUUCAAGGCCAAUCUGUGAUUCAAGCGACACCAACAAUUGCAUUUGCAGCGGUGGCUAAACACAACACAUCACUACUGGAAAACGGACCUGUGCUGCAGCAACAGCAGCCAACAGCGCCAACGGUGGCCGCAAUUGUCAGCGCCAGCGCACAGGCCCAACAACAACAACAGCAGCAGCAACAACAGGCGGCGCAAUUAUCCAAUCUUCAAACGAAUUCCUCACAUUUGCAAAACGGCCUGCCCGUCUCACUCAGUAGUAGCAGCAGCGGCAGCAGCAAUAGCAGCAGCAACAACAACAGCAAUGCUGUCGAUGCGAUUUCAUUGAAAACUAUAGCACAGGAAGCAAUUAAUCGAUCCGUGAUCGAGCCCAAUUCCCUAAAUCAGCAACAGGCAAGUAACAUUGACACGAGACAGCAGCAACAACAGCAGCAGCAGCAACAACAACAACAGCAGCAGCAACAACAACAACAACAGGCGGCGCAGCAGCAAGCGGCGGCGCAGCAAUCGUUACUGCAACAGCAUUUCAGCACCGAAACAACUGCCAACCAGCAACAACAACAGCAACUUCAACAGCAAGCGACGGCUGCAGCAGCGCAACAGCAGCAGCAACAAAAUGCAGCAGCGGCAGCAGCAGCAGUUGCAGCAAUUGGAACAAUCGUUUCUGCCACUAGUAAUGGUCCUACAGCUGGCAGUGGACUCAUGAAUCUUGCAAAUGCUGCCGGUCAGCCGACAAGCGGCAGCGGUGGUGUCGUUGUUGCACCCAAUGCUAAAACGCAUACACCGCAGCAACAGCAGCAACAACAACAGCAGCAGCAGCAACAACAGCAGCAACAACAACAGCAGCAGCAGCAAAUUGCAACAACAGAGGCGCACAUACCACCGCUGCUGGGCGUAACGCCGCUGGGUCCGACGCCACUGCAAAAGGAACAUCAACUGCAAUUCCAAAUGAUGGAAGCCGCAUAUUAUCACCUGCCACAGCCCAUUGAUACGGAGAAGCUGCAAACAUAUUUUCAUCGCUCACCAGUGCAAACGCCAGCGCACUAUCCCCAGGUGAGUCAGGCACAGCUGCCCAUCUACGAUACCGUUGAAUUCUAUCAGCGACUCUCAACGGAGACGCUCUUCUUUGUGUUCUACUACAUGGAGGGCUCCAAGGCGCAAUAUCUCGCUGCCAAAGCGUUAAAAAAGCAGAGCUGGCGCUUCCACACCAAGUACAUGAUGUGGUUUCAACGGCACGAGGAGCCCAAGAUCAUCAACGAUGAUUACGAACAGGGUACGUACAUCUACUUUGAUUAUGAGAAAUGGAGUCAGCGCAAAAAGGAGGGCUUCACCUUUGAAUACAAGUACUUAGAAGACAAGGAGCUGAUUUGAAUGCUGCGUUGUUGUGAUGCGGAUGCGUCGGCGGCAGUCUAAGAGGAAACCAAUCCAUUACCACAAUAAAAAAAAAGAAAUUCAAUAGCAUACAAUAUUCAUACUACAUACCCAGAGCAGACACUCAUCCAAAACAGAAUCGCGCACAUAUACAUACACACACAUACAGGCACACACAUAAAUCCAUAACAAUAACAAACUCAAUGAGAUAUGAUCAUGUGCAAGCAAGCAGGCCGUAAGCAUAAGUGAAAUGGAAGCAAAAUGAAGUAUGUUUGAUAAUGAGAUACUUGUUCGGAAAAUGCAUGUAAAAAAAUAUGCUUUUUUAUAAAUGUUUUAUUGUUUAUUAUUUUUUUUUAAGAUUUUCUUUCCUACAUUAUGAGAAAGCAAAGGAACUAAAACUAAAACUAAAGCAAAACAAAACAAAACAAAAAAAAAACUAUAAAAUAUUAUGCAAAAAUACGUGCAACAAAUUGAAUUUUCUGGCAUUUGCCCCUUGAAGCUCCCCACCACCCACCUCCCAGUUUAGUCUCCAAGCUCCUAUUAUUAAAUCGCUUAGCGCCUCUUCAUUCAGCUACACUUCUCCAGCUCCAGUUCCCUCGCCUCGCCCCUCCUUCGCACCAGCAUCAUGUAUAAAGAGCGCAGCAGUGUGCAGUAAAUACUUUUAAUUAUAAACAUUUAGCGCACCGAUUUUUUCAUUGCGUUUGCUUAGAAACGUAAAAAAGAAAACUCGUGAGAAUAAAAUAAAAUAAAAGAAAACAAAACAACAAAAUCAUAAACAAAAAAGUAAAACAAAAAAAAAACACUUCAGCUGAUCUUAUUUAAAUUUAAUUAUGUAAUUACGAUUACUAAGAUCAUUGAUUAAGUUGAGCAUGAUAAUGAUGCUGCAAAGCAAAACAAACAAACAACAAAUUAAUGCGUAAAAACUUUUUUUUAAAUGUAAGCAAAAUAAAAACAAAACGUGAGUAAAUAGU